AUGACAAGACCAUCGUUGACAGGUCGUCUAGCCAGGUGGGCAGUACUAUUACUGCAGUUUGAUAUCAUAUACAUGUCACAAAAGGCAGUGAAAGGACAGGCCUUGGCAGAUUUCCUCGCCGCACAUCCAAUCCCGGUAGAUUCUCCGCUAAAUGACGAUUUGCCUGAUGAACAGAUUAUGCAGGUCGAGGAAGAAAAUAAAUCACAAUCCUGGGAGAUGUACUUCGACGGGGCAUCAUCUAUUAGACUUGUUCGACCUCCAAAUAUUGCAAGAGCCCGAGCCGGCGUUGGUCUAAUGAGAUUUUCAUUCAGUUUGACUGAACCUCGGACCAAUAACGAAGCCGAAUACGAAGCUCUAUUAGCAGGGUUGGAGAUUGCGAUCGAUGUCAGAAUCCAACAUCUCCAAAUCUUCGGUAAUUUUCAGCUCGUGAUAAAUCAGGUCCUCAGUAUCUAUAAGGUUGGCAAAGUCGAAUUGGCCCAUUACUAUCGGCGAGCCCUUGAGCUUUUGAAGCAAGUACCAAAUGUCAAAAUGGCUCGAGUUCCUCGAGGACAGAAUGCUAAAGCAGAUUGUCUGGCCAAAUUGGCCAAAGAAAUGGCGAACAUCAAUGAGGAGAGGCAUAUAUUCAUAGGAAUUUACACUCGUAGGAUUUUGGAGCCCGCUCUGCUAUAA